AUGUCACGAACUCGCUCAAUAUCACAAGAAAUUUUAGUUCAUUUUGCAUCAAAGAUCCCAGAAAAACUUUCUUCAAAAUGGACACGUUUCGUUUGUGUUAGCGAUACUCAUAAUAAAAUUGAUCGGGAUAAAUAUCAAGUUCCUAACGGAGAUGUCUUUCGUAAAUAUUUAACAAGUAUAAGUUUACAAAAAAAAUUUUUGAUUUUAAUGAUUUUUAAUACUGUAGUUCAUGCGGGAGAUAUGACCGGUUUAGGUAAGGUGGAACAAGUAAGAGAUACGGUUAACUGGAUUAAAAAUCUUCCACAUAAAUAUAAAGUUAUCAUUGCGGGAAACCACGACUUAACGUUGGACGAAACUUUUUAUGAAAAAAAUUGGAAUAGAUUUCACUAUAAUAAAGAAGAUCCUAAAGAAGCAAUUAACAUAAUAAAAAACGCUGGUAAUGGAGUUGUAUAUUUAAAUGAAGAAUCAUUUACAAUUCCUGACAAGGGAAUUCAAAUAUGGGGAAGUCCAUGGACACCAGAGUUUUAUGAAUGGGCUUUUAAUGGUCAACGUGGACAAUGUUUAAAAGAAAAAUGGGGACAAAUUCCGCAGACUACACACAUAUUAAUGACACAUGGUCCUCCUUAUAAUAUAUUGGAUAAGACACAUCAUAGUGGAGAAAACGUCGGUUGUGAAGAUUUAUUAGAAAGAAUAAAGGUUAUAAAACCUUACGUUCAUAUAUUUGGGCAUAUUCAUGAAGCUUAUGGUGUACUCGAGAAAACUUGGGAAUCUACUGAUCAAGAUAGGAAAAAAACUAUAUUUAUAAAUGCUUCGACAACAACUAUAGAAUAUGAACCUGAAAAUGCUGCAGUUGUUUUUGACUAUCCUCCUACACAUCCUUUAUAA